UACGGUGUGAUUUAUUCAUAUUGUGACUACGAGUCGAGGUUGAAAUGGUCUGCAUAUCAUCCCUUGUCAUCUUUACCACGGUCCGAUAGAUCACUGUCAUUAACGCCCGGAAAAGGAGGUGAGCGUUCCCUAUACAUAAAGUCACGCGGCGUUGUCAGAGCUAUACAAAGUGCUAGGUGCUGCAGUAACAACCCCCGCUGCGUGGAUGCUACCGUUGCGUAACUCGGUGAUGUUUUAAUUCAGGCUAAUUACCCGAGUUAAUUAAGUUGCAAGGUGUGCUGGUGUUAUUAGUGUUGGUCACAGCUGUCCGAGCACGUCAACCAGCGUCAGUGCUGGAGCAAGGUUGAAAACUAGUUAACUUCCGAAGUGUACCAGUUUCCUUUGGGAGAUGAAUAAGGAUCUCUACCCGUAAGUCGUUUUAUGUUUUGACAGCGUCGCCGAAUUCUCCUGACAGGAUCAACCGUUCCCUUAGCACAGGUGCAUAGUUUGUUUGAUUUGAACCAAAUUAAUCGCAUACAUUAAUUAGUAUGAGGACGAGGAUUUAAACGAAGUAAUUACUCGGUAUCUUCAUGUUCAGAGUCCAUUCGACAGAUUCUUAAUUACAAGACUGUCCAGGCCGUUUAAGGUUUCUUGAGAACGACGCCCUUAUUCCCACUAGAAUAGUACAUCGUGGUUUAACAGGGCAUUCACUGGUUAGCCAGUCAAGAUGGACGGAGUCCUUCUGCCAGCGAAAUUCAGACAGGGUGGAGGAAAGCAAUCAAAAACACCUCGCCCGCACCCACAAGUGGCCGCUAAAUUUACCGAGGUGAAAAAAGAACUGGGGAACAUCGAAUUCUGGCGUGCCGUUAUCAGCGAAUGCAUAGCUACACUGCUCUAUGUGCUGCUGGGGUGCGCCUCCACGUUACGCUGGGACGUGUACGCACAGAACGCAACGUCAGACGUAUCCAGCGGAUACGUUAGCAACGCUGGUGACGCAGGGACGACGGAAGCGACGUCGCAAUGGACCCACGAAACUUUAACGGCAAACUCCUCACAUGAUGCCAAUUUUUAUAUCGUGAGAGUGGCGCUUUGUUUCGGACUUGCCUACACCACCCUACAGGUCUGCUUCGGACACAUUUCUGGUGGACACCUAAAUCCAGCCAUCACCAUAGCAACCGUUGUUACGUCGAAAAUCUCCGUUGUCCGGGGCAUUGGUUACGUGUUAGCGCAGUGCGGCGGGAGUAUAGCUGGCGCGGCUUUACUAUACGGGCUCUCCUCGACUGCUGUACGCGGGCACAUGGGAGUAACCAAGCUGGCCGCUGGCCUCACUCUGGAGCAGGGCCUCGGGAUGGAGAUUGUGACGUCAUUCCUGCUGGUGUUCACUCUGUUUUCAGCCUCGGAGUCAUCAAGGAGUGACUCUCUCAGCUCCAGUGUUGCCAUGGGAGCUGUUGUGACAAUGAUGCAUUUAGCCACGGUUCAGUUCACUGGCUGUGGCAUAAAUCCCGCGAGAUCUCUCGGCCCUUCUUUCAUCACAAACUACUGGGAAAACCACUGGAUUUAUUGGUUGGGACCUUGCCUCGGGGGGAUCGUGGCGGGAAUCCUAUACAAAUACAUAUUUGACCCCCGCAAGACGGCGCCACAGAGGUCCAGUGGGGUACAGGAAUCUCAGGAUUCCGAUGACGGUACGUUUAACUAUAAACGCUGCAAGUUCAGAGACUCCAACAGUUCUAAAAAAUCGCCAAAGUUUAGCAGUCGUAGCGGAAGCAAUUUGAAGAGUAGUCCCUCACGCGCCAGUACACUUGCUUACAAGCAGCCAUAUGUGGCACAAGGUGCGGACAACCGCGCGUAUAAUGUCGACACUGACGUCUAUGACUAUGAAAAAGCAUUUGAACACAUUCCGUUGGAUUACUCCACACCAGUGUCAAGAUCACAAGAAAUGAAACUGUUUGAUGUUGCCUCUGGUGGAUUUUCAGGCUCAAAAUUUUAAAGACAAAAUAUAUAGAAAAUAGAAAUAGAUGCGGGAGUUGGUUUAUUUGCCCUUAUUAAUGGGUUUGCGACAGGCCGUCAGAAUGGCUUUAACGGGGCAUAUUAUUCAGGAAAUAUGCCCAACUAAUGAUAUCUUUAUUAAAAUACACAAAUAGGAAGCCCAUUUUGUAAAUUUGAGCUUGAAAAAAAAAAGCCCUUUCUCUUGGCCUGGGAGUUAAUGAGCUACGUGAUCACGUGGUCCGGUAACGACAUACAUGAAACCGGAGGAGAGAGCCAGUUUGCUAAACUGUCAAAGUGAGCAGCCAUUCCAAACUACUGAUAACAAUUAAUACCCAUUCACCUCUCUCACCCGAGGGGUUUUUAUCCUCCUAGAGCAAUGUGAGGCCAGGCUCCUGUCUAUUCAAAUAUUAAACUAGCAUUUAAUUACGGUUAUCCGAACUAGUAUAAAAUAAUGCAUCUGAAUGACUUUUUUUGCGUAAAGUUUUGCGAAAAUAUAAAAAAUUGCCUAUAGACGCAGUACUUGAGUUUCAAAUUAUAAAUCUAUUGGUUGAAAUACCCUUUAGAAACAAAUAAAUUAUUUCUCAAAGCACUCAACACUUUAUUUCCUGUAGCGACUUAGGAUGACGAACCAUUUUAUUAGGGAUAUUCCCAAUCUUUUAUUUCUGCUCUUAUAUUACUGCUCCUUUUAGAGUUUUUCCUAAACCAUGUUUUCCUCCUCGGAAGUAAUGCCUGGGCAUGCGCAUGCUUCAAGAUACCCUGAGAGCGAUCUCUUAAAUAUAUGAAUAUAUGCGACCGUGUUUGAAAUCACUUGUUUAAAUAUCGAUAUUAAACGCAUAUAAAAAUAC